AUGUCUGAGGCAGCGUUGGAUCUGAGCAUAUCAUCAUAUGAUGUCACUUCCCAAAAGACAUCCAGACAUCAUGACCUAGUCAGUAAUGAUUCUGGCAGGGCAUCUUCAGACAGUACCCUGUCCGAUAUUCACGAAGAAAUCAAGAUUCGUCUGAGGACAUCUCCGCAAGCAACUUCCAUACACCCUUCUUUCCUUGGAAGACACAGCCCAAAUAAUGGUCGGACACUUGGUGGCUCACAGUUUUCUCCCCUGGCGCAGAAUUCACCCUUGUUUUCGCCCCUGGCAAAGACUCGAAAUCUGCCUGAGCUUCCACCCCACCUUCAGCUGAAGAAUACAUCCUCGGUGUCUUCAGCGAUGAGUUCAGCGAUGCACGCAGAAGUCAACCGCACAAGUAAUUAUUCCGAGCCACAUUCUCCAGAACAACAGGAAGCUGUUUCUGGAGAUGACGAUAUAAAACCAGUUCUUGCAGGGGACCGAAUCUCAGAACCUCGUGUGGCGCCAAUCAGACCAUUCAAAAUGUACCCAGUAGAUCCGUUCGCCAUGUAUGCAAAUCCCUUGAUGGCAGGAACUGGGACAAUGCCCUCUUCAACAUUAAGCCUGCAAUCUCUCUACGAUUCCAGUUCUCCCGUUAAUUUUCCACCUUUUCCUUUGACUCCAAUCACAUCACAUUUACUGCAGCGGAAGCGCAGGGCAGAGAACAGAGAAAGUUCUAGCUCUGGAACUGCUACCACAAGCAGCUCAACUAUAAACAGUGGCAACAGUUCAGCAGGUAUUGGUAGUAUCAGUGUCAACGUCAGCACAGCUAACGGCAGUACCAUGGUUAGCACAUCCAGCCCAGGCUCUUCUAAAGAGGAUUCAGGUGGAAGUGAUAAUGAGAGGAAAGGAAAAUCUUCUAUGGAUGUAAAAAAAGAUGAUGCUUACUGGGACAGAAGAAGGAAGAACAAUGAGGCUGCGAAAAGGUCACGAGACGCCAGACGACAAAAAGAAGAAGAAAUUGCCAUGAGGGCAGCAUAUUUAGAGCAAGAGAAUUUGAAGCUUAGAGCUCAGGUAGCUAUCUUGAAAAACGAAACUGCUAAACUACACUACAUGCUUUACAACCGUAUGUAA